AUGGCCCUUGCUUCCCGGGUGCUCCUUACAUCUAUAUGCCGCUCUUAGGGCUCUUUUUGUAGUUUUCGGAGCUGGCAAUAUGUUCAAAGUGAAAAAUAUGAAAAAAAAAAAAAAAAAUGGAACCAAAAUAAAUACAACGAAAAAGUUGCACGGGUUUGUUUUUUUUGGGGGGGCGGAAAGAAAGUCCGCACUUUUAAUCCUAGUAGAAAGGAAAAACAAGACCAAUGUCCAGCAUAUCAUUCAAUACUAACGGUAGAACCAUACAAUACUCGCGGCAGAGGAUUAGCAGUAAGCCAUCAUAUUAACCAAAGAAUCUUUUUCAGCCAAUAGCCAAUUGCUUUGAUUGGACGUAUUUGCACCCUUUUUUUUUUUUUUGCGUUUUGCUCACAGAAUGUCGGCCCUUCCCUCUAAAUGGGCAUCGGAAGAAACAGAAUCUCCUUCUAAAGUUGUUGUGAGUAGGAAGUCCAAGCCGUUGGCCAGCAAAUGGGCAGAUGACGAUGCUAAGGACUCGCAUGCUCCAGUGGUUAGCAAAACGUCUAAACCAUUAGCCAGUAAAUGGGCAGAUGACGAAACUGAACCAAGUGAAAAGACCAAUUCCAGACAAAACCCCCAUUCCAAUAAGAAAUAUUCCAAUAAACACAAUAACAAGCAUUCUGCUACCAAACACAGAAACAUUAGAGACCGUUUUGCAGCUCCCAAUGGCCCCAGUGGCAAACAUUAUCCCUCACCCCCAUCUACUGCUGGACAUGAAGAAUUGGAGGAGGACAAGCAGGAAAGUGAAAAACCAGAGUUGACGCCGGCCGGGAAAGACUUUGCCUCCAGAUUGGGGCUCAAUCCUGGUUCCCACUCCAAACAGGGGAAACCCCAUUCGACCAAAAAAAUUCCACACAAGCAAAGGGAGCAGAAAGAUGACGAGUGGGAAAGUGAAGAAGAAGAAGAGGAUAAAGAAGCAGGAGGUGAGAACGAGGAGGAGCCAUUGCCACCCAUGAGUGAUGCAGCCCAAUCAUUUGCAUCCAGAUUGGGUAUGAAACCUGCUUCGUCUGGUCUGGGUGGUAAAGACAAUCGCAACGACAUAACAUCCAGAUUGUCACGUACAUCCCUUAGUGACGAGAAGAGACCGCCCGCAAAGCGGGAACCGAAAGUUCGAUACCAGACCCCUCGACAAAGAAAGGAAGAGCUUCAAAGAGAAGAAGCCCGCAAGAAGUUAGCUGAAAAAGCGCUUCAUGAACAACAAUUACAAGAAGAAGUCAAACAAAUGUUUGAAAAACUAGAAGACAAGUCAUUCAAUUGGGCGGACUUGGAAGAUGAGUAAUUCCUGUAACAUUAGUAUUAUAGAAGAUUUAUC